CGUUCUACGGAAAAAGUAGCACGGAAAAUCAGAAGAAUUUUAUUUACAUUCGUCAGUGAAAAGUAGAGUAAUUGCUCUCGGCAGGAAGAUUACCGACUUCCGUCGGCCCUAGUCAUUCCGUUGCUACCCAGCUUUUACAAAACAUAUCCGAAUCCGUCGCCUACAAAGCAGCGAUUUUAAGGCAGUUGAGGCAGGGAAGCGGGUUAACAAACUCUCACCCCACCCCCUUGCAUCCGCAAUUUAUCGUCACGAGUGUGCCGGUAGACACUGAACAGUAGGCCGUAGAGAUCAUGCGCUCAUAGUUUUGUCAUACGUGUACUAAUCGAAUUUGUGUGUUCAUUGAAGUUGGUCGUCAUUCGGUUCUGAGGAUAGGUUGGAUUUUAGUAGGGCAAUCAGCGCAGUAAGCCAAAGCUGUCGACAUAGUCUACACAAGCAUGAUGAAAUUGCACAGGCCUCGGUGGUCGGCACUGCCGUUCCGAGCCGUUUUACUGUGUGCCGUACUGGUGUUAAACUGUUCCACUGUUUACGGUGACGAUGAAGGUUCUGCGGAUGUUGAAAACGCGCUUUCGGAGGAUGCGGAGCUGUACGUAACGCCGAAGGUCGAUGCAUCUCGUGUGUACUUUGCAGAGCAUUUCGACGAUCUCUUUGACGAUGUAGAAAAACGGUGGACCAAGUCGAAAGCUAUAAAAGAUGACGCAGCCGAAGAGGUGGCCAAGUACGAUGGCGAAUGGUCCGUGGAGCAACCACAACGGCCUAUCCUAUCGAACGACUUCGGUCUGGUGUUGAAAUCAAAAGCAAAGCAUGCUGCUAUAUCAUCUCGUCUCAAUCGCCCCUUUGUGUUCAAUGAAAAACCACUGGUCGUGCAGUACGAAGUGAAUCUGCAGGAAGGGCAAGAAUGUGGCGGAUCCUACAUAAAACUGCUUUCAGCUGGAGACGAAACGAAAGAUUUGAAGAAUUUUCACGAUAAGACUCCAUACACCAUCAUGUUUGGGCCGGAUAAGUGCGGCAACGAUGUUAAGCUUCACUUCAUCUUCCGCCACGUGAAUCCUGUGAAUGGUACCAUCACCGAGAAACAUUGCAACAAGCAGAAGGACAGACUAGAUGACCCUUUCAAAGAUAAACGACCACAUCUAUACCAGCUGAUCGUACGCCCGGAUAAUACGUACACAAUAAACGUGGACCAUAAACCCAUUAAUGAAGGAUCGCUCUUGACCAGUUUUACACCAGCCGUGAAUCCUCCGGCCGAGAUUGACGAUCCUGAAGAUCGUAAGCCACAAAACUGGGACGAUCGUGAGAAAAUACCGGAUCCGGACGCAACCAAGCCCGACGACUGGAACGAAGACGAACCGGCGCAGAUCGCGGAUCCGAAGGCUUCCAAGCCUGCCGGUUGGCUCGACGAUGUCGAGGAAAUGGUACCUGAUAGCAAUGCCGUUAAACCAGACGACUGGGAUAACGAUAUGGACGGCGAAUGGGAACCUCCGCUCAUCCCGAACCCAUUGUGCGAGAAGGCGGUCGGAUGUGGUCUGUGGAAACCGCCGAUGAUUGCUAACCCGAGCUAUAAGGGCAAAUGGCGUCCGCCGCUUAUUGCCAACGUCAACUAUCAGGGCAAGUGGGCUCCGCGAAAGAUACCGAAUCCAGACUUUUUCGAGGAUUUGACUCCCUUCCGGAUGAUUUCGAUUGCUGCCGUCGGUAUUGAAAUUUGGUCGAUGUCGAAUGAUAUUCUUUUCGACAAUAUUCUCAUAAGUGAUGAUGUGGCCGUUGCUGAUGAAUGGGCUGCGCAAACGUUUGAUCUCAAAGUUAGGACGCUCGAUCGGCAAGCGGAAACAGUCGUCUCCCGUGUGCUGAAGUACUGCAAUAACAACCCAUGGAUGUGGGCAGUGUUGGUAGUGGUCGUAGGUUUGCCAGUUGCGCUCAUGAUUUAUUUCUUGUGCUUCGCCAAGGCUGAUGCGAAGGCAGAAGUUGGACGUAGGAAGAAAAUGGAAGACAGUCCAAUACCUUCGGGCGAGCAUGAGGACGAAGAACUCAAACAAGACACCGAUAUGCCGCCAUUGCUACGAUCCACGAGCAGUGCUGAUGGAUCGUCCAAUGCUGAAGUCGACGAUGAUCAGGACGAUGAGGAUGACGAAGCUGAAGAGGAGGACGACGACGAGGAGGUGGAACUUGCACCGGAGGUAACUGCACGGGAAGAAGAAGCAUCGUCUAGUGACGCACCGGUAGAUAGUAAGUACGUAGAAGGCGGCGAAGGUGUUAAAAAAAGAAAAGCCCGGAAGGAUUAGAAAGCGAGCGAAACAAUAAUGAUCAGAAUGCAAAAUUGUAACAGGGAGAGUCCGUGAUGGGGGGAUGCCUGCAUUGAUUUGAGAAAAACGGAUAUUUACAGGAUAAAACCCCAUAUUUUCCGGAGUGUUUCAAAGUACAGGAACAGAAAAAGGCAUGUUCUUGGUUUUGUGAAUCUACCAUUUUUUUCAUUAUUGGGAUAGAUGUGUGAAAUGUUUUUGAUAAAAAAACGGUGUAUCAUUAUCGGUAACCAAACUUUCUUCAUUGUCAUAUCUAUUAGUAGUUGUGUGUUUCUCGAUACUCGUCUAACAUUCAACUGAUGAGUCAGAAACAAUUGCAUUUUUAUCAAAGAUUUGUUGUUUUGUGCUCAUUCCAUAUAUUGUAUUUGGGCUAUGAUUUUUUAUAACUAUAUUAUUCAACCGCUAUUUUCUUUGGUACAUUAGAAACUGCGUACGUGAGCAAUAGCGAUUUAGGAACAAGUAUGAAAAAACACCCAAAUAUCUUGAACAAUAGAUAUGAAAUGCACCAGCUGCAAUGCAUCAGCUUUGCAAGGUGCAGAGGAGAUAGAAAUUUAACAGGCGAUGUCGGUGUUUAAAGACUCUAGAUAACUAGCAAACAGCUAAGAUAAAAACAAGAAUGAUAAGCUGGUACAUUCUCUCGAAAAGGAAGAAAAUGCGUACUUCAUACAGCACACAUAGAAACCGACAGAUAAAUCUGCGAAUAAUGAGAAAUUAAAAAAAACCAAAAGCUAUAACACAUUGCAUUUCCAUUAUUCUUUAUUCUGCAAAUUUAGGUAGGUUCGUUGGUGAGCUUUAUUGUCAGUCCAGGAUAAAAAAAAUAAUAAGACACGAUAGCAAAGAUUAAAAAAAAAAAUACACCCAAACGUCCUCAUGCAUCUCAUGCAGCAUUCGCCUGGUGUGGGGAUUUUAUUUUAGCUAGUAUCCU